AUGGCUUCCCAGUAUCGGCAGGAUAUGCCACCUCCUGGUGGAUAUGCUAAAUUCAAUUGGUCCCGCACUUAUCCUAAAGUUCUUUUGAAAGCUGAAAAGCUCUUGGGUGGCGUUGCUUUUUUGGCUAUAUAUGGUAUUUUUCAAGCUCGGGCUAUUAAGCGUGCUAUUCUAACCGAACGAUUUGAAGACAAGGACUUGUAUAUUGCUAUGACACCAUUUCUGUAUGCUGAAAGAGAUCGCAGAUGGUUAAAGCUUUUGAAAAAAAACCGCGAGAAUGAAAUCAAAUUAGCUGAAAUCAGUGGUGAUAAAGCAUGGAGAGUUGGAACUUGGUAUGGUGAGCCAGUAUAUUUCACAUUGCAAGAUCGUUGGUGGGAUCCGUCAUCUCAUGAAGUAUAUGCUCAUUCUCCUAAAAACAACCUAUACGAAGAUUUGGAAUUCGUUCAUCGUGCUGAUCAUGUUUAG